AUGGAGAAAUCCUAUUUGACCCAACCACCACUUGGCAUCUGGAUAGCAGAAGACCAUCCCAAAAACCGCGCAGCCCGAAUCCCCGGAGAAGAACAAUCUAACCAAGUCGCAGAAUUAUCAGCAAUCCUCAUAGCCCUACAAAACACUGACCCAUACGUACCAAUCACCUUCAUAACAGAUUCUAAAUACGCCAUAGACGGCCUAACCAAACACCUAACGAGAUGGGAAGACACUGGGUGGAUAGGUAUAGCAAACAGUAAAUACAUCAAAGCAACAGCAUACCAUUUACGAAGACGCUCAGCACAAACUUCCUUCAUAUGGGUGAAGGGACACAGCGGCCAGAUUGGAAAUGAACGGGCAGACCAACUCGCGAGAGAGGGAGCUGACAAACAGACCACCGACCCCAUAGACCUAUCGGUCCCCAAUGAGUUUAAUCUACAAGGAGCGAAAUUAUCAGCCAUCACACAAGCCCUAGCGUACAAAGGUAUAAGAGAACGAAAGGACUCAACACAAAGGCGCAAAACGGCAAUAAACCUCGAAAUAACCAGACACACCAUCAAAGAGUUGACAGGGCACCUUGAAAACGACAUGAACAUCUGGAAUGGAUGCCGGAACAAAGACCUGAAUAAAAAAGUGAGACAAUUCCUAUUCAAAGCGAUGCACGGCGCUUACAGAAUCGGCGACUAUUGGCUACAUAUCCCCACAUAUGAACAACGUGCCAGAUGUACACACUGCAACAUCGACACGGAGUCAAUGGAGCACAUACUUUUAGAAUGUAACAAUAACGCACGUACAACAAUAUGGUCCCUAGCGAAGGAGAUGUGGCCCGAAAGUUUCGGCGCUCGGCCCCGUAUUGGCAUCGGCACAAUCCUUGGAUGCGGAAACAUUAGCGCACGACCACCGACACCGAAUGACAACGAGCAAACAAACCCAGAAAGUAGACCCUUCACGAAAGGGGCCUCGAGGCUGCUGAGAAUACUAAUAUCAGAGUCAGCAUACCUAAUCUGGAUACUGCGAUGCGACAGAACAAUAAAUGGUGCCUCACCUACGGUGCAAGCGAUAACGAAACACUGGACAACAACGAUAAACAAACGACUGCAAAUAGAUAGAAUCACAGCGAAGAAAAUAGACCGUACACCAUCCUUCGAAAAAUUGGUGACCGCCACGUGGAAAAAAGUAAUAACAUCCGACAAACCAAUACCAAAAAACUGGGCCACCGCCCUCAAGGUUUUAGUGGGUAUCAAACCACCCAGGCCCUCUGCGAACGAGGCCCCCAGGUAG